CAGAGUAAGUUGUAGCGGGCCGCCUACAUAUAAAGCUGAUAUAAAGCUCUUCCAGCCCUUAAGGACGUCAGACGCGUAGUAGUGUGAGAACGGGGUUCAUUCAUAGGCUAGCCUUAAGGCCUUGGCUUAAGCUCGGUGUAGUGCUAGUGUCUUAACUACAGAGGGAAUUAUCAAGAUCUUAACAAGCAUGGAGAAAUCCAUGUUUUAUAUACUUUUAGGGAUACUGUCUUGUAAAGUACUAAAAGUCUACACGGAUACAUCGACAGAUACUUUAUAUUCAGAUACAGAAUUUAUAUCUGAUAAUUUCGAAAAUAUAACCGCAGUUACAAAUACAACUAUAUUACUGCAGUGUCCGACUAUAAAGAAAAGCAAAAUACAAUGGAGACUACUGAGUGAUGUCAAUAGCCCAAAAGGGAAGUUAUUAAAGGCCGACUCAUAUUCAUACGAACUACGUCCAGUAACGCCACAAGACAGAGGCAUCUACGGUUGUUUUGCAAACGAGACCCUGUUAAAAAAAUACAACUUAACGGUGUUGGAACCUCCACAUUUUACUAGAAAAUUGCAAAGACUAGCAGUCAAACCAGCAGGAAAUAUGAUUAAAUUGAACUGUAAGGCUGGGGGUUUUCCCCAACCUAACAUCACGUGGUACAGAGACGACCAAUCACCACCCAGACGGGAACUGGGAGAAAUAAAAUUCAAUCACUGGUCUUUAACUUUGGAAGAUUCAGUAACAAAUGAUAAGGGAAACUAUACUUGCGUCGUGUGCAACGUUGUCGGUUGCAUUAAUUUCACAUUUAUAGUAGACGUUGUCGAACGCUACCCUUCAAAACCAUAUAUAAAAGAUGGAUACCCACAAAACUUGACCGUAUUGGAAAAUCGAACAGCUACGUUUAAAUGUCCUCAAAUAAUAGUCGAUUUAGAGCCUUUUAUACAGUGGUUUCGACUUCGUAACUAUUCAGAACAAACUGGCAACUACACCAAUGCGACGCUUUUAAAGAAAAGUGGUACUGGCAAUGUAGAACCCGAAAUGUUUGAAAUCGUCAACGUGACACACGAUGACGAAGGUUGGUAUGCCUGUUUUGCUUCCAACAGCCUCGGCACUACCAUGUCUAAAGCCUAUUUACAAGUCGUGGACGAAGAACCAAAGACUCCAGGUCCGAAUGAUGAACCAACAAACUUUUUUAUUAUUGUAAUAGUCGCUGCUAUUGGAGCGGUUGUAGUAGUAUCUGUCUUAACCUGUAUGUGCAUACAUUUUAGACAGAAAAUUAAACGGGAAAAGAUAGAAAAGAUGAUAGCUGUGGAGACAGCAAGAGCUGCUAUCACAACAACACAGUGGACCAAGAAAGUCAUAAUCGAAAAAAUGACAAACGCGUCAGAAAAUGUUUCUGAACCAUUGUUGAUGCCAGUUGUGAAGAUAGAGAAACGAAAAACUCAGACGAACAACAGGGGAGACAGCAUGAUCUCAGAAUACGAGCUUCCAAUGGAUUCCGAUUGGGAGAUACCAAGAGAUAUGCUUUGUUUGGGAAAAAAUCUUGGAGAAGGCGCUUUUGGUAAGGUUGUCAAAGCUGAAGCUGUCAGUUUACUCAAACCUGGUAGUACCAGCAUAGUGGCAGUCAAAAUGUUAAAAGAGGGUCAUACUGACAAUGAAAUGAUGGACUUAGUGUCAGAGAUGGAGAUGAUGAAAAUGAUAGGCAAACACAUAAACAUAAUAAAUUUGUUAGGUUGUUGUACACAGGGUGGCCCAUUGUACGUCGUUGUUGAGUACGCACCAUAUGGAAACCUUAGGGACUUCUUGAGACAGCACAGACCCUCCUCCGGGUAUGAACAACCUCUUGGGGAAAAGACAGAGAAAAAAACACUCACUCAAAAGGAUCUGGUGUCUUUCGCUUACCAAGUGGCAAAGGGCAUGGAAUAUUUAGCUUCAAGAAGAUGCAUUCACAGAGAUUUGGCAGCUAGAAACGUUUUGGUCAGUGAUAACUACAUACUUAAAAUUGCAGAUUUUGGUUUAGCUAGAGAUGUCCACUGCAAUGACUAUUACAGGAAAACAACAGACGGAAGAUUGCCAGUGAAAUGGAUGGCACCAGAAGCCCUUUUUCAUAGAGUUUAUACCACGCAGUCUGACGUUUGGUCUUACGGAAUAUUACUUUGGGAGAUUAUGACUUUGGGAGGUACACCUUAUCCUUCUGUUCCAAGUGUGGAAAAACUCUUCCACCUGUUAAGAAAUGGGCACAGGAUGGAAAAACCUCCGUGCUGUUCCUUGGAUAUCUACAUGUUGAUGAGGGAAUGUUGGAGCUAUCAACCAAACGAACGUCCAGUUUUUUCCGAGCUAGUUGAAGACUUGGACAGAAUUCUAACGAUCACGGCUAAUGAGGAAUAUUUGGACCUUGGCCUUCCGCAACUAGAUACUCCUCCUUCAAGUCAAGAUUCGAGUUGUAACGAGAACUUCCCGUUCCCCCAAAUAAGCUAGACGCUAUUUAUGUUAACUUUGUGUUAGCAGCUUUUUGUUAUGUCACUCGUUGUGGAAAGUCUAGUGCACCCAAAAUUGUCAAUAUUAAGUGUAAUCAUCGAUCUACCGCUGUGAUGAGUGGAAUGUCACGCCAGACUGUCGAGUUUGUACUAGUGAUCGUUUGCUAAUAAAUAUGGUUCAGUGACAUUUUUUUUGUAUUUAUAUAGCAGACACGACUUUAAUCAUGGGUGGUAUUAAAAAGUGUAAUUAAACGAUAUAGUGACUAUGGAGGAGGUGGUAUCUAACAUGACCCCUGGUGCAGUUUUUCAGUUCAGAGACUAGUCAGUACAGCAUUUACAGAAAUAUUGAUGCCAGUUGAGAAAAAACAACAAAAUACAUUAAGGAAUCUGAUUAGAAAAACAAGUUUUUGCCUAAAAACAUUUUUGAAGGUGGUUAACUGACUUUGAGGCUGCUAAUGUUUUCAAAUGUUUAAAGUUCUAGCUAGCACUGUACAAAAGUACAAAAGGAUAUAUUGUUUACGAAAUGUUUGAAAGCAUUAAAUAUUUAAUUUGAAGCAAAUACAUGUUAAGAUUUGGCAGCCAAAUCGUGUUGGACGUGGGUGAUAUUUUGAAAACUGUCGAUAUUAGUAUAUUAGAGAUGCUGUAAUUGCUACAGACAACGGAUUUAAGAUUUCCAGUACCCUCGCCGUAUAAUACAUACUCUAGUCGCUAUGUGAUAAGUUUAAGAAUGGACAAAAAGGGAUAUUCUUCAUGAAAAUUGUUCUAAAGAUUGCGAUUUUCAUAUAGAAAAUCAAACGAUGAGAAGAACAAUCAGAUUGUGUGGUACCAAUAAGUGUUACAUUUCCAAAAUAUUGUGAGUAAAAAAAUUAGGUUCGGAUGAAGUGGUACUAAAUAAUGAUCUCUGGUACAAUACUUUCCAAUUAUAAUGAGUCAGUCUGCCUUUAUAAUGUCUAUAAAAGUACCUGAAUAUCUACCACUAUGUUUAGGUGCAAAAAUAACUAUUUAGUAUUGGUUUAUAUUAUUCACAGUUCUUUAGUUACAGUUCUACCAGAGAUCUUAUUACAUACAAUAAAACAUUGUUAGUUUUACGAUUGUAUAUAUUGUAAUUAUUUAUUGUA